GACAGUUCUUCAUACACCCGACUGCACAUUACGCCUCUAGAAGCCGAUCUACUCGAGGUAUUGCUAUCCUCAGCCCUCCUCCCAAAAGCUCGCAACAUUUCAUACCACUCGAUCGAUACCUUCCCCGACAGGCGCUACGGCUUCUUGGACCUACCAGGCGAGGACGCAGAGAAGCUAAGGAAGAAGCUCAACGGCGCCGUUGUUAAAGGGGUCAAGAUCCGCAUUGAACGCGCAAGGCCAUCCCGCAUCCUGGUACCCCUCGGUAACGAAGCGAUGGCGGACGAAAAGGCUGCUAACAGGGCAAAGGACAAGGGGACCGCAGACAAGCUCAAACCAAAGAAACGGAAGCGCGGCGCUGACGAGAUAACCGGCGUUGUUCUGGAAGAGGGGAGACAAGUCAAACGAGGAUGGACCACUCCGGACCAGCCAAAGGAUAAGAAAGACAAGCGAGACAAGCGCGACAAGAAGAAGGAGAAGAAGGAGAAGAAGCGGGUCAAAUCCAAGCAUACCGAUCAUGCCGAAUGUUUAGUGAAGACCAUUUUGCCCGCGAACGCUUCUGCAUCCCCCGACUUCAACGAUGCUGUCCCCAGGAAGAAGGGCAAAUCUCGAGAGGUUGUGGUACACGAAUUCGAGAAGACUGCCAAAUUCCCAUCUUUUCUCAAAGCUGCAGUAUCUUCUAGCCCGUCAGGGCCUCCUCUUGAGUUUGUCGACAGAAAAGGCUGGGUCGACGAGGACGGCAAUGUCGUUGAGACCGUCAAGACCCGAUCAGCGGUGGCUGCUGGUUUGCGAGCUCAAGAGCAAGCAAGAAACACACCCCCUCGAGCUGGAUCGGCGGAUGAUGAAGAAGCAAACAGCAGUGCCGAAAAAGCAGCCGAGGGGAGCCAGUCUGGGAGCCCUGUGCGUUCUAGCCGAGAUACGUCGCCAUCCCGGGAAAGCCCAGAACAAGACGUUCCCGUAACCAGCGGCGAAACAAGUUCUCAGCCCGCUCAAGGAGACUCGAAGCCGGUGUUAUCCUCUUUGUUGGCCAAUUCUGAUCCGUCGCGGCCCAAAUCGUCUAGCUCCGCUAAGAGUUUAAGCAUCAAAAUUCCGCCAGCAACACCCAAGGAGCCCCAUGUACAUCCAUUAGAGGCCCUGUACAAACGGCCGAAAGAAGCCGACGCGGAUACUACUGCCAAUCAAGGACCAUCAAACCCGAAACCCUUUAGCUUUUUCGACGCCUCCAAUGACGACCAACCUAGAGAGGAUGUAGAUAUGGCUCCUAACAGCCAAGUUCCAAUGACGCCCUACUCCCGCCUCGAGUUUGAGUCACGUGGGGUUAGGAGUGCUGCGCCUACCCCAGACACAGCACACCCGAACCAAAGAUUCAAGCCAUGGGCAACCGAGGACGACGAUAUUGAGGAUGACGAGGACGAGGGCGAGGACGAGAUGGAUGAAGAUCUGGAAGACAGUAGUGUGGACAUGCUCGGGAAAGCCCCUAGCCAGGCUCCAAAGCCGAAAGAUAAUGGGUCUGCAAGUGAUUUCCAGAAGUGGUUCUGGGAAAACCGAGGUGAUCUCAAUCGGUCCUGGAAGAAGAGGAGGAAGCUGGUGGGCAAGGAGAAGCGUUACAGGGAGAACAAGGCUCGUAUGGCCCGAGCAAUCUAG